AGUUUAUGCAUUUGUCAUCAGACCAAUCAGGGCUCGUUGUGACGAUCUUAAAAAUAUACUGGUUUUAGUCGUUUUUAAAUUGAAUUUUCAUAUAGUUUCAAUCUGCUUUAAGUUGAAAUACUCUCUGUUUGUUAUCUAUUAAACUUAUUUAGUUAAAAUAUGAGUGGUAAGGUGCUACAGCCAGCAAACUCGAACAUGACAACCGAGGAAAACAUGGCGAAUCGUUUAAAAUCUGAAAGUGGACCUUCUGGGUUAUCCGACAGAGCAUUGAAAGAUAUUGAAAGACCAGAAAGGGAUGAUAGGGAAGAUAGGAAAUGGAAGAUUACUGAUUUUGACCUUGGAAAAGCCUUAGGUAGAGGUAAAUUCGGAACGGUUUACCUGGCUCGUGAAAAAAAAAGCAAAUUUCAAAUAGCUUUGAAAGUACUUUUCAAGUCCCAAUUAGAAAAAGGCGGUGUAGAGCAUCAACUAAGAAGGGAAAUUGAAAUUCAAAGCCACUUGCAUCAUCCAAAUAUUCUGCAUUUAUACGGUUACUUUCACGACGCUAAAAGAGUAUAUUUAAUUUUAGAAUAUACAGCAAAAGGUGAAUUAUUUAGACAUUUGAAAAAUAGUGGAACUUUUAGUGACAGUCGCACAGCCCUCUACAUUCAUCAAAUGGCCAGUGCUCUGGAUUUUUGCCAUGAGCGAAAUGUUAUUCACCGUGAUAUUAAACCUGAAAAUAUCCUAUUGGAUGACGAUGAAAAUAUAAAGCUAGCAGAUUUUGGAUGGGCUGUUCACACGCCCUCAUCAAGAAGAAGUACCGUAUGUGGUACCAUCGACUAUUUACCGCCAGAAAUGAUUUUGGGAGAGUUGCACGAUUGCAAGGUUGAUAAUUGGUCUUUAGGUGUUUUAGCAUACGAAUUUUUAGUGGGAAAGCCACCCUUUCACUCGGAAACUUCAACGGAGACUUUCUCCAGAAUUACUAAAGUUCAUUAUAAUUGUCCACAUUCGGUGAAAGACGGUGCAAAAUCGUUAAUCAAUGGUCUAUUAAAAAAGAAUCCUAAAGAUAGAAUGGAAUUGAGAGACGUUAAAAGUCAUCUUUGGAUAAAUGAACAAAAGGUGUUUUUUGAAGAGGAAAUUUCACGAAAAAGGCGAAUGAAAAUGGUUAUGAAUAGCCAAAAGAAAAACAUGACGGCUGCGGCGCCGGCCAACAACAAUAAGGAAAAUGUAAAGGAAGCCCCGUCUGCUCAACCGGAGAAAAGCGUCAACGAUAAUAAAACAGAAAAGAAGGUCGAAGCCGUUAAGACUUCAUCUUCGCAAAAUGUCAAGACGAAGAUUUUACCGUCUACCAACUUUGGAAUGCAAUAUAGGGUUCCGACCAAGACUUCAUCGACUAUAGCGGCCAAAUAUGCUUCCACAAAACCUUUAGAAAGUGUUUCUAGAUCAGCUCCAAAUAUCUCAGCAGCCAAAUCAAAAGUGACAGAAGGUCAUCAAGUAGUGAGACCAAAGUCCGCUCCAAGCACUGAAUCCUCAAGAACUAUUAGCAAGAAUGAAGCCAUCGCUAAGGGCAGACAAAUUUUAGCUAAACCCUCAACGACGGGGGUUAAAAGUCAACAAUUAUUAAAAGGCAAUAAUCGAAGAAUAAGUCACGCGCCCACAACAACGAGUAGGGGAGAUAUUCCUAAAAUGAAUGAAAAUAAAUCCAGAAGAAAUUCUGUUCCGGCAGAUACUUAA